GAGCACAGAUGUGAGUGUGAUGAAGGGGACGCAUCACCAGCUGGAUGGUAGGCUAUCUGGAGCGGCUGCCUAAUUGAAGCGUCCACUGACUUCAGCCUGAACCCUUCUUCGUCGACGCAGGAAAUAACAACAAAAAGCCAUACGGUGGCUUCGAUGAAUUUAUGCCAGAAUUAGCUACUCACAAAUCAUGACGUGUCUGUCCAUGACAAGCAAGCGUUCCUUAGCCGACGUUUAGCCAAGCAGUUGUAUUCGACAGUGCAACACAUUGGAUACAUUUGAGAAGACUUCGCGACACGAACCCACAUAUUGUUUCAGGACCAUUUCCACUCGUUUUCACCUCUGAGUUAUAAUGACAACCACAGACGAGGAUAACCACGUACCAGAGGACCUGUCCUUAGACGAGAGGGAUGAGUUGUCAAACAUACGGAGACGGAAGAAAGAACUGUUGGACGACAUUGAGCGGCUGAAGUUUGAAAUCGCGGAGGUGAUGACGGAGAUUGAGCAGCUGACCUGCGUAGGCGACAGCAAAACAACGCAGAGAAAUAAACAGAUCGCCAUGGGGCGGAAAAAAUUCAACAUGGAUCCCAAGAAGGGCAUCCAGUUUCUCCUGGAGAAUGACCUGCUGCAGCACACUCCCGAGGACAUCGCUCAGUUCCUGUACAAGGGCGAGGGCCUCAACAAAACGGUCAUCGGGGACUACUUGGGAGAGCGGGACGAUUUCAAUAUCAAAGUCCUGCAGGCUUUCGUGGAGCUCCAUGAGUUUGCAGACCUCAACCUGGUGCAGGCGUUAAGGCAGUUUCUCUGGAGCUUUCGACUUCCAGGCGAGGCCCAGAAGAUCGACCGCAUGAUGGAAGCCUUCGCCUCCCGAUACUGCCAAUGCAACCCCGGAGUCUUCCAGUCCACAGACACGUGCUAUGUGCUGUCCUUUGCCAUCAUCAUGCUCAACACCAGCCUGCACAACCCCAACGUGAGGGACAAGCCGCCUGUCGAGCGCUUCAUCUCCAUGAACCGUGGCAUCAACGAGGGCGGAGACCUGCCCGAGGAGCUGCUCAGGAAUCUGUACGAGAGUAUCAAGAGUGAGCCUUUCAAAAUCCCAGAGGACGACGGCAACGAUCUGACGCACACGUUCUUCAACCCGGACAGAGAAGGCUGGCUGCUGAAGCUGGGUGGAAGAGUGAAAACCUGGAAGAGGAGAUGGUUCAUUUUGACAGACAACUGCCUCUAUUACUUUGAGUACACAACAGACAAGGAGCCCCGUGGCAUCAUCCCCCUGGAGAACCUGAGCAUCCGAGAGGUGGACGAGCCCAGGAAGCCUAACUGCUUUGAGCUUUACAACCCCAACCACAAAGGCCAGGUCAUCAAGGCCUGCAAGACGGAGGCCGACGGGCGAGUGGUGGAGGGCAACCACGUGGUCUACCGGAUAUCAGCGCCCACGCCCGAGGAGAAGGAGGAGUGGAUCAAAUCCAUCAAAGCCAGCAUCAGCAGGGAUCCCUUCUACGACAUGCUCGCCACCAGGAAGCGACGCAUCGCCAACAAGAAGUGAGACCCUCUGCCUGCCCAGUGCUGACCCGAUGUCAACACCCCCUGGUCUCCCCACUGCCUGCUCAGAGCUGACCCCCCCUCCCACACACACACACACACACACACACACAGACAUACCAACAACAAAGACACACACACACACAAACACACACACACUACCCCCUACCCUGGGCAGUGACAGCUGGCACAGACUCAUGGGACAACCCGCCGCUCCACUCCAAUCUGGUUGCCCUCCCUUGAUCCUUACCCACCCCCUGGACAGUGACAAAACUGGACAACAGCAGGGGCACGAUGGGACCAACUGUGUCGAACAGCGUCCCGAAAAAUCCCCCAUCUCUGCUCCAUGCCACCACGCUCCCCACGCAAACACAAAGCACCCCACGCACUCAUGGGGCCUGUUUAGUCUGCUCCGCUCCUCUGUUUAUAGACAAUCCCAUCCUGUGUUUCUCUCAGUUCCCGGAGAAACAAAUCUGUGGUUAAUCUGUCAUUUUUCACACGCAUGCAUGUGUGUGGGUAUGUAAGUAUGUGAGUUUUGUAUGUAUGUAUGUAAGUAUGUAUACAAACGGACUGAGUAUAUUUGAUUGCUAUGCCAAGUGUCAACUGGACUUGUCAUGUCUUUUGUUUCUGUAGUCGUUUUGUUCGCUCCAAUCAUUCACUGUGAGGGGACCGAGCAAAGGCUGGCAUUUCCCCCUGAGCUAGCAAGCGUGCUUUAUCUGAGACGACCCAAAUUAUGGUAAAACUAUUGCAGUCUCUUCAGCGCUCAGUGUGUCAAGAGUGUAGCUGGUGCCAUUUGUUAUGCCGAAUGAGCUUAUCGUCAGUCUUAAGUUUUAUUU